CUUGAUGUCGUAUCUCUCCACCCUGACCUCGUCCGUCUCUCCAGAGACAAGGACCUUUUGAAGAGAGUAAGCUGGGUCCAAGCCAAUUUCCUCGAAGGCCUUCCGUUCGCAAACGAUUCUUUCGAUUUCGUGCACAUCAAACGUAUCGCUCGAGGCGUACCAGAGGACAAGUGGGACGACCUCUUCGAAGAAAUCACCCGCGUAAUGAAACCAGGCGCAGCAUUCGAA